GUUAUCCUCUUUGUCGAACAGCCUGGCUACGCUUCUUGGGCAUUGGCAAGGUUUGAAUCUGAGCCAACGACCAGUGAGCACAUGAGGGAGCAAUUGCUCCAACGCUUGGUGGACGAGAGGCUUUUGGGGCCUACCCGGCAGGUGAUGGAGAUGUGUCCUGAAGAACUUCCAUUAAGGGAUUUCAAAGUUCACGCAGAACUUUGCGAUGAACUGCUGGGGCACUACUCAGCCCAAUGGGCUGACCGGCAGGUGUACUGGAAGGUCAUGCUGUCCUUGCAGAAAGUCUGGAGGCGUUGCAGGGCCACCAGCACUUCCUUUCCGGGGGAGUUUCCUGGAGUUGUCAUCCCUGGGGUUUUGGAUGGUCUUCCACAUCAAGGUCAAGGAUUAGAGUUGGAUGAGCGGCAACCGAGGGCUUGGAGAACUCAGGAUGGGUCUCGGGAUGUGUUCUGCAUGGUGAAACAAGCCAUGAGUUCCACGCAGCUUUGUCAGAACCCGCUUCUGGUUUGGCCAGCUACAUUGGGGGCCCAGUCCCAAAAGAUGCUUGAGGAUUGCAACAGCCCCACUUGCCCAAUUCAGGGGUGUGAAAUCAGCGACGAUAGGAUUGAGGAACUGAAAUUGCUACGGGAGGCUAUUUCACGGGACUUCCCUCACAUGAGAAGGACUGUUGCAUGGUACACUGGAAUGAUCGAUAAAACCAGGGAUUCCUCAGUGCGACCAAUUUCUUUGACUUUUGUGCGGCACAACACUGCACACGAUUUAGAUAAUGUGAAUGUUCAACUUGGGCAAAGACCUGUGCCCCCGAAACCACAUGAACUCCAAGUGGUGUUUCACCGGGCCAGGCUUUGA